AUGGCAUCGGCCCCCGGCUUUGAGUUCCGCGCGCGCGACCUCGAGCGGCUCGUGCACGACGGCGUCCUGUCGUCCCGCCGCGACGCACAGCGCACCCGUUUUCGCCCCGGCGUCGUCUCCGUCUCCGUCUCCUCCCCGUCCUCCUCCUCGUCUCUUGUCGUGCCGUUUGACGUGCAGCAGCAGCAGCGCAGUGCAAAGAAGUUGGCGCGCGCGCUCAGUGCGCUUCAAACAGAGUACCGCGUGGAUCUGCCGCUCGUCAAAGAGGCGUUGGGCUACACGAACUCACUGGAGGACGCGCUGAGCUUUUUGGCGCUGCAGUGCACGAGCGAAGCGCUCCCGCCGACGCUUCGGGCGCCGUCGGCAGAGCCGUUACGAGGAAACGAUACGGCCGAAGGACGCGGAGCGCUCGUGGCCGAGCUGCACGUGCGUGUCGAGGGACGGGGAAGAGACAGUGCGCUCGAGAGUGGGCAGGAAGAGGAAGCAGCAGAGCUGGCGGUCGUAGUCGCGCGAGCGACGGGAGAGCACGAGACGAAGCAGAAGGAGGCGCUGUCGUGGACGCAGCGGUACGUGCAGCAGCUGGACAGACAGAGGCACGAGGACGAGGCCGAGCGGGCAGGACAAACUGGACAGACGCCGUCGCUGACGGGGGAGCAGGACGAGCUGGAGGCGCAGUAUGCUGAGCUCUUGGCGACGUGGCAGCGUCUGAAGGACCGGCAGAGUCGGAAGAAGAAGAAGAAAGUGACGAGUGGGGACAAGUGUAAGCUGCGUGAGGUGAGCGAGCAGCUGCAGCAGACGAGGCGUCAACUCGUGGCACGUGGGUGGCGAGACCCGGUGCAGCAGGGGGAUGCAAAAGGGAAAAAGAAGGAAAAGAAGAAGAAGACAGAGGAGGAGGAGGAGGAUAAAGUGGUCGAAGAGAAGGUAGGAAGUGUGGACGAGAAAAAGCUGGAGUUGGAGCAGACUCAAGUGGCCGGUGAUGGGAUGGUGGAUACCGAGUUGCUGGAGCUGGCGUUUGGGAUAACUGAAGAAGAGGAGGGGUUGAAAGAUGCAAAAGAGGAGACAAGGGUGGUUGCGGACACGUGGGAAGUUGAGGAAGAGCAAGAAGAGCAUUUGUUGGACUCCAUUGUUCGAGCCGAGGAUGUGAAGGAAGAGGGUGACAGCGAUGGUGGUCUCUUGGCUUUUCUGGAGGAGGCAGAGUCGACUGUAGUAGGUGCGAACGAGAUCCAGAAGAGUGCAGCAAGCGACACAGCUGCACUUAUUGCAGUCCAAGCAGCGGCCGACCUGGCUGGGUUGAAGGGUAAAAAGGGCAAGAACAAGAAAGGUCGCAACAUGCUGAAGGUCCAGGCGGCAGAAGCUCAAGCCGUUCGAGCGCAGUCUGCGGAAGCGGUGACUUGGACAGGAAAGUCGCCGCGUGACCACUUGGAGCAGCACUGUCGAAAGAAUGGGUUGUCGAAACCGCUGUAUAAGAAGCUGGUCCGUCCACCAGGUGGAGGACACUUGUACUCGGUCGUUUUAGGCAACAAAGUCUGUGGAAAGCAAGAGGUCACUGUGAGGGAUGCCCGUGAUGCAGCGCAAGGGUUUGAUUCUAUAUCGAGUGCAAAAGAUGCCGUGUCUACGAGUGCUCUAUUCGAGUUAGCGUCGGACCUGCCACUAUAUCGAGUGCUGCCCCCGCUGUACCGCGAAAUGUGGCAGCAGUGGACCAAAGAGCGCGAAGAGCAAGAGGCGGCAGCAGUAGCUGCCGAUCGCGAUAAGCAUGAUGAACUGAUACAGGAGAUCUUCAGCACGCUUCCGGAAGAGAUUGCUAACAAACGAGCUGUUGUAGAUGUACCAGAACUUGCUGCACAGCAUCCGCCACCGGGUGUGAAACAGGGCGUUGCAAGUGUUGAAACGAAAUUGAUGGAAAGUUGGCAUGUCGACGACUGGGACGCCGACUUAUCUGAUGAGGAGAACACAAGUAUCAAGGAGGAAAAAGCAAGUGAGGGUCUUGUCGCGCCUAUUGAGAUCGAAGAAGAAAGUGAAAGUGACCGGAAUGCCGCAUUGAAACUAUCUUGCCAGCUACGAGAACAGCUGCAGAAGCAAAUGCGGUCAAGCGCGUACCGAGCAAAGCUUCAGCAGCGCGAAUCGUUACCCAUUGCAUCGUUGAAGAGUCAAGUCGUGGAGAUGCUUUCGCAUCACGAUGUGAUCCUCGUAUCUGGCGAAACUGGUUGCGGCAAGAGUACCCAAGUGCCGCAAUACUUGCUCGAGGAGCUGCUGCUUUCCGAAACAGGAGGCGCGCGUGGUCAGAUUGUGUGCACUCAACCUCGCCGACUGGCCGCCAUCAGUCUAGCAGAACGAGUCUCCGAAGAGCUAGGUGAGUCAAACAUGGGUACGGGCGAUUCGCUAACGGGCUUCCAAAUCCGUCUCGAAACGCGCAUGACUCAUCGCACUCGCCUGCUCUUCUGCACAACCGGUAUCUUACUACGUAAAUUACAAGAUCCGCGCACGUUGGGCAAGGAAGUGAGCCACGUGAUUGUCGAUGAAGUGCAUGAACGCGAUCUUCAGAGCGAUGUGCUGCUAGCCAUGCUGCGCCAGUUCCUGACGGAAGGUAGUGCGGCGCGAUGCCGGCAGUUUGGAGGUACGUUACCACCGCUGAAAGUGAUCCUGAUGAGCGCCACACUCAAUGCUGCAAGCUUUCAGAAGUACUUUGGCGGAGCUGCGGUGUGUCCCAUGAUUGAAGUGCCUGGCCGCACCUUUCCUGUGGAGCAGUACUACCUCGAGGACGUGCUUGAGAAGACCCAGUUUGUUGUGGACGAGGAGUCCGCCGCUUACAUACCGAUAGAUGGACGUGGCAUGGACAGGAAGUCCACGCAAGUUACCAUCUCAGGUCGCGGGGGUGCGUCUUACACUCAGCAAGUGUCAUGGACCGCUUCUUCGUCAUCUAAAAAGACGGCAGUGAAUGAGAUGCAAAGCAAACUAGCUGAAAAGUAUAGCGAAUCAACGCUGCUUGCUCUUGAGCGCAUUGAUCCUUCGGUCGUCAAUUACGAGCUCAUUCAAGCACUUGUGGAACACAUUGCUCUGGAAACAGGUCUGCUGUCAUUGUCGGGGGAAGGUGGUCAGCGGAAGAGUGCGUCGAUACUGGUGUUCCUUCCAGGCCUUCAAGAAAUCACGACAUUACUCGAUAUGCUAGGAGGUAGUCGUCUAUUACGCCAUGACCAGCACGGCCGCGAGUUCGAGCUGUUACCGCUUCACUCAUCGCUUUCGUCGCAAGAACAGCAGCGCAUCUUCCGACAGCGUUCAGGGGUCGUCCGAGUCAUUGCAGCGACUAACAUUGCUGAGACGUCGCUGACAAUCGACGAUGUGAAGGUUGUCAUCGAUACUGGACGCGUCAAGCAGAUGAGCCAUGAUGCCCAGCAUCGCACAAAUAUGCUUGACGAGAUUUGGGUCGCGCGGGCAAAUGCGAAGCAGCGAGCUGGUCGUGCAGGUCGCACGAGUGGUGGCUCUUGUUUCCGCCUUUUUCCGCGGUCGGUCUUCCAUUCCGUCAUGCUCGAGCAACCCGUGCCUGAGAUCCAGCGUGCACCGUUGACGUCGCUCUGUCUACAGAUCAAGACGUUUGGCGCAGCAGGCAACAAGCAGAAGGGAGGGUGUGGCGAAUUUCUCCAGGCAUGUCUAGACCCGCCUGACGACUUCAGUAUUCGGAACGCGUUGGAGGAGCUUUUCGAAAUUGGUGCGCUAAACCGCGAGGACGAAGCGCUUACAGAACUGGGCGCACACUUGGCUAGACUGCCUGUUGAUGUAAAGGUUGGUAAGUUACUCUUGCUUGGAGCAAUUUUUGGCGUGUUCGACGCUGCGAGCACCUGUGCCGCUGUACUGGAGACAAAAUCUCCUUUUGUGGCGCCUUUCGGUCGUCAAGCUGAAACGAAACUAGCUCGCCGGAAAUUCGCAGUUGGUGCGAGUGAUUUACUCACGGAUGUAAAUGCUUUUGAGGCCUGGCGCUACGUUGUUCAUCAGGGCGGAAAUGGCCGGGUAACUGAGAACAGCUUUUGCCACGAGAAUUUUCUGAGUCGUCGGGCGCUGCGUGAAUUGAACAAGCUCAAACGCCAGUUUCGAGGACUUGUGGCGCAUCUCGGGUUCUUGCCGCCAUCUGAGCCUGUAGGGAAUGAGCGCAUGACUCUUCAGCAGCUGGCAACGAUGUCUGCUGUCCUUUUUGCCGGUCUAGCUCCGAAUCUGGUCCAUGCUGAGCCACCAAUGGCACGAGGACCUAAGCGCGCGGUGUUGCGGGAACGCGACCACUCCAUCGUCGCCGUGCAUCCAGGCUCGAUCAACUUCAAGACCGAGAGUUUUCAUGCAAGCAGCUUUCUCACGUAUUCAGUGAAGCUGCACACGUCGCAGGUAUAUCUCCCAGCCUCUAGCCUGGUGCUGCCUUUGGCCGUGUGCCUGUUUAGCCAUGGAUUGGAGCUACUACCACAGCUGCGGCGUCCCGACAAGGACGGCAAUGAGACGAUUGGUCUGCGUGUGAAUGACUGGGCGGUUUUUCACGCGUCGUACCGCUCAUCAGUGAUGGUGCAGGAGUUGCGCAGUGCAGUGUUCGAAAUGAUUGAUGCCCGCCUUCGAACGCCAUCAUACGCACGUGGUCCCAGCGUGGAGUCGGAGCUUCAGAAAAGCGAGCGAAAGUCGCUUGUGGAUGUGUUGCGCAUGCUUUUCCUCGCCGAAUACGAAGAUUGUGACCCGAAAAAGCACUUAUCCGACAACUUGUGCGGGCUGAAUCAGUGCAAGUAG